CUUCCAUUUUUAUCCCUGAUCGAAAUUAACCCAAAACCAUUUGUACUGUUUAAUCUCUUUCAUCGCUCAACUCUGCCCAACUUUGAAUUUUCUUUCAAUUUCAAUUUCCAAAAAACUCAAUCUUGAGGAUAGUAAUCGAGUCAGAGGAUGUCCACUUUCAAGAACGAACCUCAAAAAGAACCAGAAACCAAGCUACGGUGACGAUACCAGUGGGGUUCCAAUUUUCGGUCUAUUUAAAGAAUCUCGAAAGAGUACACCAUCGUUCGAAGAAGAGUGAGAAUAUUAACGAAGUUCCAAAUUGAAGAUGUGACGAGUGUGACGAGUCUAUGGCCAUGACGUUGUCGGGGAGGGGCUUGGUUUGUCCGAUAACGUCGAGGUGAGUCGGUUGGCCGGCGAAUCCGUCGAGAUCCCCCUUUAGCAGCAUAUAUAGUGUAGAUUAUGUGACUGAAAGUGAGAGAGAAUGGUCGAAAAUCAUAGAUCGGGCCGGCGACGAAGUGGAGAACGGUCUCGAUUGAUGCCAGGUUGUGAUGGUUUUGGCCGUGGCGUCGGCUCUAUCGGUCAACUUCCAGUGUGACUUCCUGUUAUCAAUGGCUGUUCUAUUAACUCUUGAUCAAAAAGGGCAAUUAAGCCAUUUUACUUGUUUCAAUUUUGUCUUUUUUGAAACUGAAUUAUUUUUGUGAGACAAAAUUUUUUAUCAAACUGCAUUAUUUUUGUGGGGCUGAUGGAGUAAUUAAUUAAUUAUCGUCAAUCAAGCAGCAAGUGCCACCUGGAACAAAAAACCGUCAUUCAGUUUCUUCAUCGUAUUUGAACAAAAAACCGUCAUUCAGUUUCUUCAUCGUAUUUGAUCACUAACUGCAAAACACGAUGCCAAAAACUGUAUAUCCCCAUCACCCCCGGGCAGGAAAAAGUAGGCGGAAAAAAUUGAAGAUUUCUGGAAGAUAGAGAUUUAAGAAGAUGAAGAGAAAGUCGUCAUACAGAACGUUGCAGAAGAAAUUGAAGGAACUUAAGACGGAAAUUUAUUUCGCCUUCAGUUAUCCUCCGCCAGUAGAUAAUGCAGACAUUACCAACGCCCAAUACCAUGAAGUCAUCUCAGAAGACAUUCAACAGCGUAUUAAGUUCGUUAAGAAGCUCUUAAUCGCGGAAAAGGCGUCGUUUCGGGAUCCUUCAAAGCUUCAGCACUUACGCCACAUUGCCAAGAAACUCGCACAUUUGGAGUCCUUGUUCCACCAAUGGGAUGAUCACCGAAUAAGCACCGUUACUUCAACCGAUCAUUAUGACGGCGUCAACCACUUCGGCGAUGCGGCGGCGGAGGCUUCUGUAUGUUCGUGCGACGAUGAUGACGAUGUUGAAUCCUGCCGUGACGAUGACGGUGACGACGUUAGUGGUGAAUUGGGUUUUUCGUCGGUGGUUUAUAAUGAAGUUGAUCGAUAUGAUUUGGGUUCUUUGGACGGGCUUGUGGAUGUGAAGUUGGAAGAAGACAUGGGCAAUGGCCGGGAGAAAAACAGAUGUAUUGGCGCUGAUGAUGACCAAGUGGGGCCAACUGUGAUUGGUAACAAUCCGAAGCAAAAGAAAGGGAAUAAUAUCGGCGGAGGUUUUUGUGGUGGGUUGAUUACGGGGAUGAUUUUUGGGACGGUUUUGACGGCUUCGAUUAUGCACCGGUUUCUUAGUGAUCGCCAGUAUAUAGUUAUUGGAGAUGCCUUUCUGUUUCCUACUUGAUGUCUUGAUCAAUUUGAAUUGCUUCAUAUUGGUCUGUUUCUGUCUUUGAUAAUGGUGUUUGUCAUUCGUCUUUCGUUUUGCAUUUUGACCAGAC